CGCUUCCGCCUUCGUGUUGGAGGCGGGACGGAGGCCGCGGCGGGUCAGUCGGGGGUCGGAGUUUUCCGCUGGCAGCAUGGAGACGCUGUACCGGGUGCCGUUCGCGGUGCUCGAGUGCCCCAACGUUAAGCUGAAGCGGCCCAGCUGGGUGCAUAUGCCCUCGGCCAUGACCGUGUAUGCCCUGGUAGUGGUGUCCUACUUCCUCAUCACCGGAGGAAUAAUCUACGAUGUAAUUGUAGAACCUCCGAGUGUUGGAUCUAUGACAGAUGAACAUGGGCAUCAGAGACCAGUGGCCUUCUUGGCAUAUAGAGUAAAUGGACAGUACAUUAUGGAAGGGCUUGCAUCCAGCUUUCUCUUCACAAUGGGUGGCUUAGGAUUCAUAAUUCUGGACCGAUCCAAUGCACCAAAUAUCCCCAAACUCAAUAGAUUUCUGUUGCUUUUUAUUGGAUUUGUCAGUGUGCUACUGAGCUUCUUCAUGGCCAGAGUGUUCAUGCGGAUGAAACUGCCGGGCUACUUGAUGGGUUAGAGCCUAGUGAUUUAUAUAGAAGCACAAGCUGGAUUUGCUCCUCUUCCUGACGAGUUAAAAACAGUCAAGCAACAAAUUCCACAGUCCCCUCCUCAACCAGGAAAAAGUUCCACCUAAGAGAGCCGUCUCCAAAAAGAAUGCUUUCAAGUGUCUCCUUUUACAAAUCUUCACCUCCUAUUGCUAGUUUAGUUUUGUUUUUUUUUAAACAGCAUUUUAUUAUCUGCCUUUUAUAAAUGGAAAUGUUUCCUCUACCUCUAGGUACGAAUUUUUUUUUCUUGCAACGCUUCAAUAUAAACAGAAAACUGGCAUUUUCCCCCCUUGCCUGUAAUAACCCUUAAACGUGACUGCAGUAUUUAGCUACAGUUUUACAAUUUGUUGUAAGAUUUGCAGCACUAUGGUCUGUUCUUUCUUGGUGGGAGGAUUCUGUGUAAAUCAGGGAAACUAGAAUCUGCCCCAUUCCAAGUUUUUACUAGAACAGUAUCUUUUGAUACUUUGCUAUCAGAACAGUGUGCCUAGUGGAAACUGUUUCUGAGGCACCUAUUGCCUUGAUAUUCAUGGCACUACCCUAAUUCCAGAUGUUCACUGGAAAAGAGGCAACAUUGUGUAACUGCAUCUUUGGAAAAAUGUAUGAAAAGAGCCAGAUUAAACAUUUUUUUUUCUACCAAA